CCGAUAAUCUCGGGUGCUCGCAAGUCGCGUACUCGCGUAAAGAGCACGGUCGGGCUCGCGCUGCGCGUUCACUUGGCGCGAGCCACUACCGUGUCUCUCGAUACUCAUCUCGUUGUUUGUACACUGAUAGAAAAAUGUGUUGUAUUUGUAACCAUCACAAUUGCAUAGUAAAAUGAUUACAGUUAGGAAUAUCAUUUUUAUAGCAAUUACUAUUACAACAUUGGUAAUAAUAACUAUAAUAUAUAUAUGGUAAAUGCUUAUAAUAAAGAUCAUUUUAUGGUACACAACUAACUGUAUAUAAAGAUCUCCAAUUUGGUUACAGCAACCAUGUCAUAGAUGCUAUUUGCAAUUAUGGUUACAAAUACAACACAUUUUUCUAUCAGUGCACACAAUUAUUUAAAUUAUUAUUAGAUAUUAUUAAAUACUAUUAUUUAUUAUUAUUACAUAUUGAGAACUGGAAAAUUUAGAGUCGGAACCGGAAUUGAAAAAAUUCGUAGUUUAAACGAUUUUCGGUUUUCUUUAUUUGUCAAAAAAUAGAACCCGUUACACUAAAGUUGAAACCGUAACAGUUUUCGAAUAUUUUACUAAAUCGUAACUGAAACCGAACCAUAAUAAUUUUAUUUCGGACCGGGUCCCUGAUUAGGAUAAAUAAAAUUCUGUCGUUGACGCUCUUUAUCUAUACAUGUUUGUUUCAUUAUUCUUAUUUACACGCGUUUCUUGUAUCAUAAUACCUAAUAUAUUUAUUUUACUGAAAAACUUUUUUUAAUUAAUUCCUGUACAUUUAUAAAACUGGAAUAAAACGAAAAAAAUAUUCACUCAUAUUCAAUCAGAUAUUAAGAAUUGAAUUUUUUUUUCUUUUGUAAAAUGUAAAGUGGACACAACUCCAGAGCGGAAGUGCCUCUGUCUGUAAUCUUCUUUUUAUCAUUCUAAUAUAAAUAAUAGCAUGAUCCUGAAAAUAUUUAUUACACACAGUAUUAUGUAAUUUAAAGACUUUUUUCCCUAUGUAGCAACGGAUUAUUUCAAUUCAAGAAAAUCUUGUCCUUGUGGUAUACUAGAACAGGACAAUUUUUAUUAAAUUAAUAGUAAUAACGCUUUUUAAUAAAAAAAAGUUAACAACUUAUAUCAACGUUUCUAUAUAUAAAUCGUAUUUAUGUUUAAUUGUAUUAUUCGUGACGACUGUUGACGACUGGUGGCUUAAGUUGCUGGUAUGUUUGUAUUCAACGUAUUCGGAUCAGGGUACGUAUUGCGAUCGUGUAAUGUUUCCCGUAGGGCGGAAGUGUGAAAAGUGAAAAGUUUCAAGUUACUGGGUGCUUUCCAAUUGCUUAACACAUCUUAGCACAAACGUACACAGGAAGGCACAAAGUGUAGCGAUGUGCACAAUUCAAUUGGAACAAAGUGUGUAACAGUCUGUACCAAAUACCUAUAGUGUGUCUGUGUCUUGAUAUUUUUUAAUCCAUGGUGGUAAUAAAUUUCCGUGUAACUAUUACUCAAGUGAUGCGAAUUACAUUUUUAAAAGAAGAAGCAAGACCAUAUAACAGAUCAGCAACAAUAACAAUUAACGUUUAGGCUAUCGUUAAUAAUUUUCUUUGUAGAAUCCGUUGAAACGGACCAACAAUGCUGCGUAAUUUACAUUUAUCAUCCAGCUCUACUAAUACCAGUUCAAGUUCCUCUGACAGCCUUAGUGAGAUAAUGAAUUCCACUAAUGAAUCUAAUACAUCUUUCUCAAGUAAUGAAGUUGAAGAUGAUUUAUUGUUUCCAUUGUAUCAACUUCUCAUGCAUGGAAGAAGACGGAGCAAAGUUCAAGACUUCCUCAACACUGUCCACUUAUAUAGUGAUGCUGUAUUUAAGGAGCACUUUAGAUUACAGAGACGUACGGCAUAUCUUCAAAUAGACGUGCUGCAGCAGAGUAAUUUUAUCCCAUCCCAUUCUUCUGGUAUGCGUAAAAUCUCUGCUGAGUGGAGUUUCCUUAUAUUUCUUUGGUAUAUUGCAAAUACUGAGCCAUUACGAACUUUGGGAGAUAGAUUUAAUGUAUCUAUAUCUUCAAUUUUUCGUAUAAUACAUCGUGUUGUGGAAUGGCUAUUAUCUAGAUUAGAUGAAGAAAUAAAAUGGCCAGAGGGAAAUGAUGCUAUCCUCGUAAUAUCCCAAAAGUUCGAGGCAAAACGAGGUAUAAAAAAAUGUAUCGGAGCAAUAGAUUGCACGCAUAUCGCAAUUCGACGGCCUGUUGAUUACUCUAGAGACUAUUGCAAUAGAAAAAGGUUUUUCUCUGUCGUGUUACAAGGUGUUGUAGAUGCAGAUAUGAAGUUCACAAAUAUUUAUUGUGGAAAACCGGGUUCACUGCACGACGCACGUGUUCUAAGAAGAUCGUUACUCUAUGAUACUGCUCAAAAUGACAUGGAAAACAUUUUCCCUAAUGAAACGUGCAUAAUAGGAGAUUCAGCCUAUCCACUACUACCAUGGCUCGUCCCACCAUUUCGAGAUAACGGACAUUUAAGCGUACAGCAGUCUGAAUUUAAUUUCUUACACUCUUUUACACGGAUGUCAAUAGAGAGAGCUUUUGGAUAUUUAAAAGGUCGUUUCCGUCGUUUGAGAUUUUUAGAAUUACUUGAUAUUCAAUUUAUUCCAAAAUUAAUAACAGCCGCUUGUAUUAUGCAUAACAUUACUAUAAAAGAAAAUGAUGAAAAUGAAUUCUUUGCAGAUUUUAAUGACGUUCUUGUAGAUAAUGUUGUAGAUAACAAUUAUGAGAUUGAUGAUUUACAUGCUAGAUAUAGAAAUAGGAAUAAUGUAAUAGAUCGAAGAAUGCAGAUGUUUCGGGAGCUGUUUCCAGAAUCCUUUUCUAAAAAAGAUAUGUUAUUUAUUUAUCGAAUGUAUCGAAGUCAUCUCGAAAGUCUCGAAGAAUUGUUGCCUUUAAUCCACGAUGCUGAUUGGUUCUUUCGCUGAUCAUUGAACCGCAUGCUUCGUAGUGUUUGACAGUUGUGUUUGACAGUUGUGUUUUCAAAUCAAAAUUGGUUAUAUCAAAAGUGUGUAAGUAAUAAGGUAAGUAAUAAAGAGAUAUAUUAAGUAAUAAUAUAAUCUCUCUCUCUCGGAAAUAACAAUAAUAUCUUUAAAAUUUUAUAAUCUUUUGGAAAAAAAGAAGGAAAGGAAAUAGAUUGGUAGGAGAAAGAGAGAGUUUCGACUUUUGUAGGAAGAAGAAGCAGAAAAGGAAACAGAAGGUGAAACAGCGACUUCUAUAGAAAGAAGGAGCGGAAAAAGAGAGAGAGAGAAAGAGAGUGUAAGAAA